GUGAUCCCAGCGAAGACAUGGGUCAUGGCGAGCACGACUCUCAGUGAGAGUGUAGAUCGUGAGCUGCGCUGCUCCAUCUGCCUGGACACGUUCGUCUGCCCCUCCACGCUAAGCUGCUGACACAACACACGAGAGGCCUCACUUGGAGAAUCCCAGGCUGAGGGACCACGUCCUGGUGGCUCCCACCGUGAACAUGGAGGAACGACAGUGCCGGGAGCACAGACAGAAGCUCAUUCUUUACUGUGAACAGGAUGAGAGCCCGAUCUGCCAAGUCUGCACCAUCACAGGAGACCACUCCGAUCACAGGUUCAUCACAUUUGAAAAAGCGAAACAGACAAGACAGGAGGAGCUCAGAGUCAAGAAGGAGGGGAGGGAAGAGAAGAGGAACAUGGCGGCGUCAUGGACACGGGCACUCAGGGAUGACUACCGGCACUUGGAGGAGUCUCUGCGUGGGAUCAAGACGCGGAUCAGCCGAGAGUUUGAGCGCCGGAAGAAGGAGGAGAGGGAGGCGCUGGAGCGCGUAGAUGAGGAGGGCCGCUCCAUGCUGUCCCGCAUUCAGGCGGACAUCGAUCACUAUGAGAGCAGAGCAAGCGGCCUGGAGCAGGAGAUCAACCAGCUGCUCGCCGCCCUCGCCGUGCAGGACCCGCUCUCCUUCCUGCAGGAUCCCCUGCAUGAGAGUCUCAGGAGCUUGGACUCGCAGGGGAUCCAGGAUGCGCCUCCUCCUGCCACAUUCAGUCACCAAGAGCUCACAGAGGUCAUCUCGCGAGGAGUGAAUACGAUGCGCGUGGCUCUAGUGUGCGUCAUCGCUGUCUUCACCACAGAUGGACGUUCGCCAACUCUGGACACAAACUCAGCCCACGACUGCCUCCGUAUUUCCUCGGAUCUCAGGAUGGUGACAGUGAGACGUGUCCCCCAGGGUCGCCCCCAUCACCCACACCGCUUUGGUCUCUGGGACCAAGCCCUGUGCUCUGAGAGCUUCUCAUCGGGUCAGCACUACUGGGAGGUGGACGUGGGAAGCGCGAGGCUGUGUCGGAUUGGAGUCGCGUACGGGACGAUCCCACGGAGAGGGAGUGGUAAUGAGUGCCUCCCGGGAGUGAGUGACGUAUCCUGGUGUCUACAGAAAGUUGGUGACAGAUUCUCAGUGCUGCAUGGCAAGGUAGAGACCUCACUAUCGGAGCUGAAGUCUCCGCGAAGAGUCGGGGUUCAUCUGGACUGGGACGCGGGGCUGCUGUCGUUUUACAGCACUGACUCCAUGGUGCCGUUGCACUCAUUUCACCAAACCUUCACUCAGCCCCUACAUCCUGGGCUGUGGGUGGGAUGGGUUAAAGUUGGUGACUCGGUGAGGAUUGUGGAUCUGAGUGGUGCAUCCUGAGAGAGGUGAACGUGAACAGCGCAGAGGGCAGACACCACGACACAUGGCGCUCGCCAUCCUCGUCGCCAUCACGCGCAGUGCCACGCCCUUGGCUGGCUGGUGGCUGUCGGUGGCUAGGGGCUGUGUGGCUCUCCAUCGCAACGGUGAGGCUGAGCGUAAAUCAUCCUCACAACCUUCAUAGGGGUGGGGGAGGGUGAUAAAAUAAUUACCGCACUGUGUGUGAAGCCAACGUGGAUGCAUUCACCCUGCCAGAGGAGUGUGACUGUAGUGUAGGGGUGCAGUGAGUAGCAAUGGUGAACUGGGAUGUGUUUAUACACCGGUGGUGUGAUGGGUUGUGUAAGAGAUACAACAACAAUAAUAUUAAUUUUAAAAAGUAUAAAUGUAUGCGUACGCCAGUGGCAUCGUAACGCUUGUAUCGUCGAUUCUAGAAUAAAAAUACAGAACACAAACAACAAUGCACUCUUUGGUUAUUUUGGAAAAGUCAAAUAAAAAGAAAAUAUAUUCAAUGAUAGAAUAC